CAACAUUGACCAUUAUGAUAUAACAUUUAGUGUCAAAUUAAUGGGUAGACUUUACCUAUAUAUAGAGUAAUAUCUUCAGUAGAUUCAUCCACCAUCAGACUGCACUACGAACUACACUAUGCUGAAGUUCACAGUUAUCUUGGCUUGUUUGGCCGUUUCCUAUGCCAAUUUGGGAUUAAACAGUGGCAAGAAUGUUGGAUCUAUUGGUGGGUCAAUUGGCGGUAAAAGUUUAAAAGGACUUGAUAACGGAUGGGACCAGAACGGACUUGACAAUGGCAAUGGAUGGGGCCAAAACGGACAUGAUAAUGGAAACGGUUUAGGACACAACGGACAUGAAAAUGGCAAUGAAUGGGGAGAAAUCGGACAUGAAAUCGGAAACGUAUGGGGACACAAUGGUCUGGACAACGGCAACGGACUGAGUCACAACGGACAAGACAAUGGCAACGGAUGGGGAAACAAUGGUCUCGAUAACGGUAACGGAUGGAGCCACAACGGACAAGACAACGGCAACAGCUGGGGACAAAAUGGUCAAGACGGAAGCGAAUGGGUCCAUAAUGGUCAGAACAACGGAAACGAUUGGGGAAUAAACAACGGUAACGAAUGGGGACAGAACGGUCAAGAAUGGGGAAACAACGGCCAAGAAUGGGGAAACAACGGUCAAGAAUGGGGAAACAACGGUCAGGAAUGGGGAAACAACGGUCAAGAAUGGGGUAACAACGGAAAUGAAUGGGGACAUAAUGGCAUUGACAAUGGUAACGACUGGGGACUCAACAAUGGUAUCGGCAAUGGAUUGGACAUUGUUGGAGGAAACAGCUUUGGUAGCGUAAGCGGAAAGAACUUUGGUGGAAUCGGACAGAAAGGUUCUUUCGCACCAGACUUUGUUAAAGGAUUUGGUGGACAAGGAAAGAGCAUUGGUGGAUUCGGAAAGGGACCAGGAUCAUUUGGACCAGUCUCAAACAAAGGAUUUGGUGGAUUCGGAAAGGGAUUGGGAUCAUUGGGACCAGUCUCAAACAAAGGAUUUGGUGGAUUCGGAAAGGGAUCAGGAGCCUUCGGACCAGUCUUGAAUAGAGGUAUUGGUGGAUUCGGAAAGAAAUCAGGAUUAGUCUUUAAUAAAAAAUUUGGAGGAUACGUACAGAGAUCAGGACCAUUUGGACCAGUCUUUAAUAAAGGAUUUGGAGGAUACGGAAAGAGGUUCAAUACAUUUAGACCAGCCUUCGGUAAAGGAUUUGGUGGAUACGGAAAGAAAUCUGGAGGAUUUAGAGGAAACUUUGGAAGUUUCGGACCAAGAUUCGGAGGUUAUGGAAAAAAAUAUGGAGGGUUCGGAAAGAACUUCGGAGGAUUUGGAAAGAACUUCGGAGGAUACGGAAAGAGCUACGGAGGAUAUGGUAAAAAAUUCGGAGGAGUUAAAAUUGUCAAGUCCAUUGGUGGAUACAGACGAUACUAAACCGAUGAACCUAUUACAUAGUGUUGGUCUCAAUCGACACAAAGAGUGGCAGCGCUGAAAUCGGCCCAAGGAUUUAAAAGCUACAGCUCAUCAACAAAUCAUUAUAUAUGUAUUUUUGUUAACAAAUUAAUAAAAUAAUACAAAAAAACA